AUGGGGUUCAAACAGAUACUCUCGAAGCGGUCGGCCCUUCGUACCAAGAACACCGACAUCACUGUCGCCGCUCAACUGACACUCCGCCAAUCACUGUGGCCUUUGAGUAUUGUGACGAUCUUGUUCUUCCUUUGGGGGUUUGCCUAUGGGUUGCUCGACACCCUUAAUAAACACUUCCAGAACACUCUCGACAUCACACGAACCAGAUCUUCGGGGCUUCAGGCUGCCUACUUUGGUGCCUAUCCUCUCGCAUCACUGGGCUAUGCGAACUGGAUACUGAGACAUUGGGGCUACAAAUCGGUUUUCAUCUUUGGGCUUUGCCUCUAUGGAAUCGGUGCCCUGAUGAUGUGGCCCGCUGGCGUCUAUCGUUCCUUCGGUGGUUUCUGCGGUGCUACGUUCAUCAUCGGUUCCGGUCUGGGAUCGUUGGAAACUGCUGCGAACCCUUAUCUUGCGGUGUGUGGACCGCCUCGCUAUGCAGAGAUUCGCAUCAAUUUUGCUCAAGCCUUCAAUGCGGUGGGAACCGUAGUCGGGCCCGUCCUGGGAUCAUACGUCUUCUUCGUUUCCACAGAAGAUACUGUACAGGCACUCAAGAGCGUGCAAUGGGUGUACCUGGGGAUCGCGAUUUUCGUAUUCAUCCUGGCAUUUGUAUUCUACAUCUCAUACAUACCCGAGAUCACGGACGCAGACAUGGAGUUCCAAGUCCAGGAGACUCACGUACAGGGUUCCGAGCUGCCGUUUCGCAAACAAUACCGGGUCUUCCACGCGGCGUUCGCACAGUUCACGUACUGCGGCGCGCAGGUCGCGAUCGCGAGCUACUUCAUCAACUAUGUCGUGGAGACGCGGCCCGGCACGAGUAGUUCACUGGGAGCCAAAUUCCUUGCCGGCGCACAAGGUGCAUUCACCGUGGGGCGCUUCUCUGGCACGCUGUUGAUGCACUACGCAAGGCCGCGAUGGGUUUUCCUCGUGUACCUGGCCGGUGUGGUAAUCUUCCUCGGCGCCGCGACAGGGACAAGGAACAACACCGGCCUCUCGAUGAUGUUCAUUGUAUUGUUCUUCGAGAGCGUCUGUUUCCCGACCAUCGUCGCCCUCGGCAUCCGCGGAUUGGGUCGGCAUUACAAGAGAGGCUCCGGCUUAAUCGUCGGCGGCGUCAUAGGCGGCGCGUGCGUCCCUGCUCUCACCGGCAAAGUGGCCGAUAUCUAUAACGACACCGGAAAAGCAAUGGUAGUCCCUACCAUGUUCAUGGUCGCGACUCUGACAUACGCCCUCUGCGUGAAUUUCGUCGCGUACUACCGCGUCCCCGCCGAUCUGGUGGGUGAUAGCACGAUUGGACUCACGAACACGGCCGGCUUGAACUCAGAUGAGGAGAAGAAUGCCCAGGUUGCUGAUGGACGGGUUAGGGAUGGGGCUCAAGUGAUCGAGGUCGAGAAACUCGAGGCCAGAGGUGCACAUUGA